AUGGCCCGGCCCGUGCAGCUCGCGCCGGGCUCGCUGGCGCUGGUACUGCGCCGGCUCGAGGCGCCGGAGGCGGCGGGGGUCGCCGAGGAGGCCGGCGGUCGCGCAGUCUUCCGCGCCUUCCGCCGGGCCAACGCGCGCUGCUUCUGGAACGCGCGGCUGGCGCGCGCCGCCUCGCGCCUGGCCUUCCAGGGCUGGCUGCGGCGCGGGGUGCUGCUGGUGCACGCGCCCCCCGCCUGCCUGCAGGUGCUGCGCGAGGCUUGGCGGCGCCGGGCGCUGCGCCCGCCGCGCGGCUUCUGCAUCAGCGCGGUGGGUGAUGUCUUUCCAGUGCAGAUGAACCCGAUAGCGCAAUCUCAGUUUGUGCCCUUGGCUGAAGUUGUGUGCUGUGCUGUAUCUGAUAUGAAUGCAGCUCAGACUGUGGUCACACAGGAAUCGCUUUUGGAGCAUCUGAUGAGACAUUACCCAGGCAUUGCAGUUCCAUCCCAAGAUAUUCUCUAUUCCACUCUGGGAACACUGAUAAAAGAACGAAAGAUUUAUCACACCGGGGAAGGUUACUUCAUAGUUACGCCUCAGACUUACUUCAUCACGACUGCAACCCCCCAGGAGACCCAGAGAGUCUUCCUGUCGGAUCAGAGUCGCCCAGGGCCCACGUCCGUGACCUAUCUGGUGAGCGUGGGGCGCUGUGCAGAGUCAGCCGGCGAGGAUGCGGCCCCCGCUCUCCAUUGCCAGUCCUGCCAGUGUUUCCCUGACGUGGGCGCCCAGGACGCUGAGGAGCCACCACCUGCUGCGGAAGGGACUAGACAAGCCCAGAAAGGCCCUGGGCCGUCCAGACCAUCAGUGCAGCAUCGGGCCGUUUCAGUGUCCGAGGGGAAUCGUGUCUGGGAGAGCACCAGACCUUUACCGUACUCCAAAGACAAAGGCAAAGGCAAGAAGUUUGGUCUUAGUCUCUUGUGGCGCAGCAUAUCCAGGAGGGAGAAGGCCAAGACGGAGCACAGCAGUUUCUCCGCCCAGUUCCCACCUGAGGAAUGGCCUGUCCGAGAUGAAGAUAACUUGGACAAUAUCCCUCGAGAUGUUGAACAUGAGAUAAUCAAAAGAAUCAACCCCGUUUUGACUGUUGACAACUUAAUCAAACACACCGUCCUGAUGCGAAACUAUGAAGAAGAGAAGAAAUUUCACAGCCAGGGCACUUCCACUGAUAUGCUGACAGCCAGACGUAAAUAUCCUUCAAAAGAGAGAGUUAGGAAAAGGCAGGGUCGGUCUGCAAAGCCCCGGAGGCGGGGCCAUUCACACAGGGACAGGCACAAAGCCAGGCGCCAGGGAAGCGAGCUUCAGCCAGCAAACAGGCUGGACCCACCCCGGGAGCUCCCUGCUGCACAGCGCACGCCCAGAAUCAAAAGCCCGAGCGAAGCAGCGGUUCAGACACCACUUGGUGAGGAGCCAACAGUGCUGGGCUCGCAUUGGAUUUACAAGAGGCGAAUCAGUAAUCCUUUCCGGGGCUUGUCUCUCCGGGGGAGCCCAGCAACCAGAGGGCACAACGCUGAGAAGACCAGUGACCUGAAACCCAGUCCGCCUUUGCAAAGGUCACAGUCUUGGGAUUCCUUGGGAACCUUUGAUGGUGACGCCAAACGACCAUGUGCUGGGCACUAUAAUGAUAAACCCAUGGGAGAACCCAUUCAUAUGAAUAACUCCUUUGCCAAACCUAUCAGGGAUGCCUACAGAGAUCCUCUCUUACAUUACCCUCAGUGUAGUGUUUUACAGAGGGACACUAGUAAAUGCGGUUCACUUAGGGAAAGCAGGUUAAGAUGUGAUGUGUACGGCGAAGAAGAUGAGGUAAUCCCAGGAGUUUUUAGGAACAGUCAUGCUCAUUUUGACAAACUAGGGAAGACCAAAGACACACAGCAUCUCCUGCCCUCACCGAGUUCUUCCUCGUUAGACCAAACACCCACUGCUUGUAGGUUAGUUGAUAAAGCGAUACACCAGUUUCAAAAUCUUGGCCUUUUGGACUACCCAGUUGGUGCAAACCAUUUAGGACAACCUGAGAGACAAGACAGAGACUCAGAAGAGCUAGCUAGGAAGGCAUUUGUCCAGGAUGCAGAGGCUGAGGGUGUAGAUAAUGAAGGGCUUUUGGCCGACGGUCAGGCCUUGUAUCCGGAUGAAGUGGAGGGUGAGGAUGGGGCCUGCAGUUCGUUGUAUCUAGAGGACGACGACUUUUCUGAGAACGAUGCCUCGUGUGAAGUGCUGCCUGGCCACGUGCCGUAUUCCUUUGCAGGGGAAAGCAUGUGGAAUCAUUUAGGAAGGCAAAAAGUGACUGAAAGAUCGCCGAGUGAAUACAGCAGCAAAAUGAGCAGCUUUGAGCCUCAGAUGCCUAAGAGAAAUGAAGAUUGCAAACCCGUCGGGUUGCUCAUCAACCCAGGUGAAAGCCAGAAACCUAACGUUUCUGCUGAAACCUGUGGGCUAAAUUCAGGGACCCGGUUUGGUUUUCACUAUGAAGGAGACCCCAGGGUUGCUGACUGUGUACAGCCCCCAGCACCCGCUGAUGGCAGUGUGUUUGAUUACUGUAGUGCUAGGAAACCCUUUUCUAAGGCUGAAACCGUACGAGACUCUGCUGGUGACACAGGAGAGAAAACAGCUGGCUGGAGUCAGAGUCCACAGAACCAGGAAAUGAGAAAACAUUCCAAACAGAAGACAGAACUUUUCAGUGCUUCACAUAUGCCAGUGUUGGCUGAAGAUGUCCAACAUGAACACAGUCACUUGGAAGGAACAGAAACUCACAGCAUGGCAGGAGACAGUGGAAUAGAUUCUCCACGGACACAGAGUCUGGCAUCUAAUAAUUCGGUCGUUUUGGAUGGACUGAAAAGCAGACAGAAUUUUCUACAGAACUUUGAAGGCACAAAGAGCAGUCAGACACUCACAUCCAAUUCCUUACCACAACUAACUGCUGUCAUAAAUGUUUGAUUUUCUUUUGAAACUUUUUUGUAAACAUGUAGAGCAUUACUAGUCUUUCAGCUGAGUAUGUAAGAAUCCU